CUCCACGUGUGAGAGCAGCGCGCUCACACUGCGGCGCCACGAUGAAGAGACCAAAGUUAAAGAAGGCCAGUAAGAGGGUAUCGUGUUCUAAAAGAUACAAAAUACAGAAAAAGGUCAGAGAACACAACAGAAAGUUAAAAAAGGACGCGAAGAAGAAUCCAGCGAGCAAACGGGUGAAGAAGGACGUCGGGGUGCCCAGCUGCGCCCCCUUCAAGGAGGAGGUGCUGCGCGAGGCGGAGCUCCGCCGGCUGCAGAUUGAAGCCGAUAAAGAGAAAAAAAGACUAUCUAAGAUUGAGGCGCGAGCUCAGAAGAAGAAAAAAGAGACUUCAAAUAAAGAUAAAGAGCCCAAAGCCAAGAAGGCUCGACAGGAUGUGCUGGAAAAGCUUCCAGAGAAACCGUCCGGCCCAGACAAGAACUCCCAACACUACCUGUGCUCCGAGCUGAACAAGGUGAUCGAUGCAUCUGAUGUCGUGAUCGAGGUCCUGGACGCUCGUGAUCCUCUGGGCUGCCGGUGUCCCCAGCUGGAGGAGGCGGUGCUGCAGAGGGACGGCCACAAAAAACUGAUCCUGGUUUUAAGCAAAAUAGAUCUGGUACCCAAGGAGAACGUGGAGCGGUGGAUCCGGUACUUGCAGCUGGAGUUUCCAGUCGUGGCGUUCAAGGCGUCGACGCAAAUCGUGGACAAAACCGUGCGAGCCAGGAAGCGACGGAUCGUGGCCUCCAACGCGGUGCUGGACCGGUCCAGAGGGGCCGCCUGCUUCGGGAGCUCGUGCCUCUCUGAGCUCCUCGUCGGCUUGGCGGCGCAGAACCCGGCGGACGUGUCGCUCAAAGUGGGCGUCGCCGGGUUUCCUAAUGUGGGGAAGAGUAGUCUCAUCAACAGUAUGAAGGGGGUCCUCGCAUGCACCGCCGGCAUCAAGAGAGGCAUCACAAAGUCCAUGCAAGAGGUUCACAUCCUGAAGAACGUGAAGUUGAUCGACAGCCCCGGAGUCGUGGCGUCGCCGGCGAACCCGCCGGCCUCCAUGGCCCUGAGGAGCCUGCAGGUGGAGGAGGGCCAGGGCAGCGUCCUGGAGGCCGUCCGCACUCUGCUGAAGCAGUGUGACCACCGACAGAUCAUGCUCCAGUACAACGUCCCAAACUUCAGAAACUCUCUGGAGUUCGUCACGCUUUUCGCCAAGAAGCGUGGCUACCUGAUGAAGGGCGGCCUCCCCAACAUGGCCCACGCCGCCGCGUCCUUCCUUGCCGACUGGACCGGAGCCACGGUGAGCUACCACUGCAAGGUACCGGAGAACCCCGCCAAGGCCCCGGAGAACCCCGGCCUCCCUGCAGACUCGGCGAUGCAGAGCGGCUGGGAUCUGAACCUCUUGAAAACGGGCAACGAGGAAACUCUGAAAGGAGUUAAGUUCCCGAUCCAGGCCAGCAGCAUCGGCUUCGUCUCCAAAGGCCCGACGGCCGGCCUGCUGAGCGUCGUGUCGGAGGUCAAACCUGCGGAGCAGAACACGGAGCCGCUGCAAACUGCUGACGAGACGAAUGAACCGGAGGAACCAGAGGAACCAGAGGAACCAGAGGAACCACAGCCCCUCAAGAGACCAAAGGGCCGUGUGCAGUUCCAGUCCGUCUCCGCUGACGGAGAAGACGACGCCUACGACUUCAACACCGACUUCAAAUGAGCGCCUCCGUCUCAGGACGCUGACAUAGAGAUGUCGGGGGUCCUUGAACGCCUCGUGGUUCAGGUCCCCGUCUGAAAGGGUUCAGGGUCGGAGCCUCCCGUUACACUUUGAACCUGGAAGACGGCGGAGAGUUUCCAGACUUUAUCCUCGACCAGCUAAAGGAAGCGUGGGUCAGGACUCGGUCCCAGACAUGCAACAGUUCAUCUCCUGUGUAUAUGACUUUUAAAUGGCCAGAGGUCAUCUGUGUUCAUGCACAAUACUGUAUAUAGACGAUAAACUAUAAAAGUAAUAAAUCCUCAAACAAACUUAUCCCUGCUCCUUGUUGGCUUGUCUUACACCCCGAGCAAAUAUUGCAAAAUCUACCAAAUAUGACGAUAACAAAUAUUUUAUUGUGUGCCAUACAAGAGGAAAAAUACAACAGCAAGGCAAUCUGUAUUUAUAUAAAUCGUGACUGGUUUAAUAAAGCAUGAGUCAGAUAUCUGAA